AGCGCUGGGCUGCGCGCGCGCACUCAUUGUACGUACCGCGAGCGCGUGAAUUACUCUAUACUUACACUGGUAAAAUCAGCCGUCGGCAGAAACUUAGUGACCGAGUGAAACUGCACCACGGGACACGCGGCGAUGCUCAAAACUGUCCAGCAGGCUUUGUUCUCCACGGGGCUGGAGAUGCCCAAGUUUACUCGAGUGGAGUGUAAGAGCGACGAGUACGAAGUCCGCAAGUACCAGGCGACCAACUGGGUUAACACCUGCGUCUCUAGCAUGCAGUAUGACCCAGCGCUCAAUACCGGAUUCAUGCGACUCUUCAGAUACAUCCAGGGCAACAAUGAGAACAAGGAGAAGGUUGAGAUGACUGCUCCAGUGACGUGCUUGGUGGACCCAGGAGCAGGACCGGCCUGUGAGAGCACCUUCACCGUGUCCUUCUACAUCCCAGAGAAGCACCAGGCAGACCCACCCAAGCCUACUGACCCAGAGGUGUUCAUUGAGAACAGGAAGGAGUUCACUGCAUUCGUGAGGACCUAUGGAGGUUUCUCCAAUGAGCAGAAGAGCCGUGAGGAGCUCCUGAAACUGACCGAGAGCCUGAAGAGAGACGGGGUCGAGUUCUUGGAGAAGCCGUACUACACGGCUGGAUAUGACAGCCCCUUCAAACUGAUCAACAGACGCAAUGAGGUGUGGAUCAUUGGAAAGAGACAGUGUGACUAAUGUAAGAGCCCACAGCUUUGCUCAAAAAAUGCAGUAACACAUUCAAGGCCUCUUAUUUUCAAAAAAACACAACCGGUAGUUUGUGCCUUCAGAAUUUCUGCCAUGUUUUCUAAGUGCAUUUUAAUAUACGGUAUUUUCAUUAUGCAUCAUCUAUUGUUGACAGCGUUACUGACAGCUCCAGGGGUGCUUCACACACUUGUAGACACACCCAUUUCAAUUUUGGAGAGAAAUUUACCUUGCUCCAGGUAAAGGUCUACAAGUGACUUAUGCAGUGGCAAUUUAUUGGCAAAUUACUAGUGCAUUUAGUUUAACUGGCAGCUCAGUUUUUGGUGUUUUGUUUACAUUUGGUUUUGUGUGACAUAAAAGCAUUGGAAUACUUUUUAUUGCAUGAAAAGGGACUAAACUGAUAAAUGUGAUGACUGUGGUUUUUUUUUUUUUUUUU